AUGCGGCUUGGGCUGUGUGUGGUGGCCCUGGUUCUGAGCUGGAUGCAUCUCGCUGCCGGCAGCCGGGGGAUCAAGGGGAAGAGGCAGAGGCGGAUCAGCGCCGAGGGGAGCCAGGCCUGUGCCAAAGGCUGUGAGCUCUGUUCGGAGGUCAACGGCUGCCUUAAGUGCUCACCCAAGCUGUUCAUCUUGCUGGAGAGGAGCGACAUCCGCCAGGUGGGCGUCUGCUUGCCGUCCUGCCCACCUGGAUACUUUGAUGCCCGCAACCCUGACAUGAACAAGUGCAUCAAAUGCAAGAUCGAACACUGUGAGGCCUGCUUCAGCCACAACUUCUGCACCAAGUGUAAGGAGAGCUUGUACCUGCACAAGGGCCGCUGCUAUCCCGCCUGUCCCGAGGGCUCUGCGGCUGCCAACGGCACCAUGGAGUGCAGCAGCCCCGCGCAAUGUGAAAUGAGCGAGUGGUCUCUGUGGGGGCCGUGCUCCAAGAAGAAGAAGCUCUGUGGCUUCCGGAGGGGCUCGGAGGAGCGGACACGGAGAGUGCUGCACGCCCCUGGGGGGGACCACACCGUCUGCUCCGAUACCAAGGAGACCCGGAGGUGCACGGGGCGGAGGACACCCUGCCCGGAGGGGCAGAAGAGGAGGAAGGGCGGCCAGGGCCGGCAGGAGCAUGCCAACAGGAACCCCGGCCGGAAGGAGAACAAGGAGGCGGGCGCCGGUGCUCGGAGACGCAAGGGCCAGCAGCGGCAGCAGCAAGGGACAGUGGGGCCGGUCACCUCUGCGGGGUCCACCUAG